CCACAACAUCGCAGCUUUGCCUCCCUUCCUACCCAACACGAGGCAGAGAGGAGAAGCUCCCCCCGCUCAACUCACCAAAACCCUCCUCCCCUCGAAAUCCUUCCCAAGACGCCGCACGCUUCUCCAUUUCAUAUAAGAUUCCCGAGAGACGCCGCCGCCCGAGAGGCGUGGGCCGCGCGCGCCGAAACAUAUCCCGCCGGGGCGCCGCCAUGGCCGGCGAGGUGGCCAUCGACUCCGGCGAGAAGCGCCUCAACGAGCUCGGGUACAAGCAGGAGCUCCGCAGGGAGAUGACUCUGUUCAAGACGCUGGCCAUCUCCUUCUCGACGAUGACGCUGUUCACCGGGAUCACGCCGCUGUACGGGAGCAGCCUGCGGUACACGGGGCCGGCCAGCCUCGUCUGGGGCUGGGUCGUCGUCUCCUUCUUCACCUGGUUCGUCGGCUUCGCCAUGGCCGAGAUCUGCUCUUCCUUCCCCACCACUGGUUCUCUGUACUUUUGGGCUGCUCAUCUGGCUGGCCCAGUCUGGGGCCCGUUGGCAUCUUGGUGCUGUGCUUGGUUAGAGGCCAUAGGUCUUAUUGCCGGAAUUGGUACACAGGCAUUCGCGGGAUCUCAAGUUCUGCAGAGCAUAAUCCUGCUAUGCACCGGCACGAACAAAGGCGGCGGCUACCUGACCCCUCGCUGGCUGUUCCUCCUCAUGUACAUCGGCCUAACCUUCAUCUGGGCCGUGCUCAACACCUUCGCGCUGGAAGUCAUCGCCUUCCUCGACCUGAUCUCGAUGUGGUGGCAGGUGAUCGGUGGCACGGUGAUAGUGAUCGUGCUGCCGCUGGUGGCGAAGACGACGCAGCCGGCGUCGUACGUGUUCACGCACUUCGAGACGGCGCCGGAGGCGACCGGGAUACGGAGCAGCGCCUACGCCACCAUCCUGUCCCUCCUGGUGAGCCAGUACUCCCUGUACGGCUACGACGCGGCGGCGCACCUCACCGAGGAGACCAAGGGCGCCGACAAGAACGGGCCCAUCGCCAUCCUCUCCAGCAUCGGCAUCAUCACCGUCUUCGGCUGGGCCUACAUCCUCGCCCUCACCUUCAGCAUCCAGGACUUCAGCUACCUGUUCGACCCGAGCAACGAGACGGCCGGCACGUUCGUGCCGGCGCAGAUCCUGUUCGACGCGUUCCACGGCCGGUACGGCUCCUCCGCGGGCGCCAUCGCCCUCCUCUUCGUCAUCUGGGGCUCCUUCUUCUUCGGCGGCCUCUCCAUCACCACCAGCGCCGCGCGCGUCGUGUACGCGCUGUCCCGCGACCGCGGCGUCCCGCUCUCCUCCGUGUGGCGCCGCGUCCACCCGCGCCACCGCGUCCCCGCCAACGCCGUCUGGCUCUGCGCCGCCGCGUGCGCGCUGCUGGGCCUCCCCAUCCUGUGGAUCAACGUCGUCUUCACGGCCAUCACGUCGAUCGCAACCAUCGGCUGGGUCGGCGGCUACGCCGUGCCCAUCUUCGCCCGCAUGGUGAUGCGGGAGGAGGACUUCUCGCCGGGGCCCUUCUACCUCCGGCGCGCGUCGCGGCCGGUGUGCCUCGUCGCGUUCCUGUGGAUCUGCUACACCUGCACCGUGUUCCUCCUCCCGACGGCGUACCCGAUCAGCGCCGGCAACUUCAACUACGCCCCCGUCGCGCUCGGCGCCUGCCUCGGCCUCAUCGGGCUCUGGUGGGUGCUCGACGCCAGGAGGUGGUUCAAGGGACCCGUCAGGAACAUCGACGAUCCUCUGAAAGAUGGUGGUGGUGAUGGCGUCCAUAACAAUGGCAACAAGGUCUAAGUAUGGUUUAGGUUGUUACUGGAGUACUUAGUUUGAGCAGAUCAUUAGCUCAAGCCAAAUUGAUCACAUUCUCGAUAGAGUUUUUUUUUCCCUCUCUUGUGUUGUCUCCUACUUUGUUGUGUACGUGUACUAUUCUGUGACACUAUCAAUGGGGUUAGUUUAGGAUGUGGAGAAAACUUUGUGCCAUAUAGAAUGACUUAAAUUAGUUACAUGUAUCACAUACUUAGAACAGAGCACGCAAGCAUUAUGAAGACACAAACUAAA